AUGAGAGAGAGCGAGGGUUGGAUACAAGUGAGCUCAAGAAGGAAGAGAGAUAGAGGACCGAAUCGCAUCAAGAAUGACAAUCACAUCAAGAAUGUUACGUUUGAGAUGGGUAACGAUGGAAUAACAACAUGCUACGUGAACAAUCUUCCGGAUGGUGUGACUAGGAAUGAGGUAGAGCGGAAGUUUGCUAGGUGGGGAAAAGUUACAGAUGUGUAUAUAGCAAGAAAAAGAAACAGGUCGGGAAGAAUCUUUGGUUUUGUCAGAUAUGCAGGCAUAAAAAAUCGCAUAUGGUUAGAGAAUCAACUCAAGGACAUUUGGUUCGGAACAUAUAAAACUUGGGUGAACAUAUCCGUUUAUGCGAGAAAGGAACAGUAUAGCAGCAGGGAAGCUAUUGUAAGACAAUCAAAUUCAAAGCGUAAAAGCAUGGCGGAUCAAAGAAGCAGAGAGUUCAAAAGCAAGCAAACAGUCCAAUGGAUUCAAGGCAAUAGAAGGGAAGGAAAAUCAUAUGCAGACGCAAUCAGGAAUUACACCGGACAACAUAACAAAGAUGAAGCAUUCAUAUGGAGACAAAAGGACUCUAAGGAAGCGCAAAAGGCAGCAUCACAAGUGGGUGGAGGUAUAUCUAUAACAGUAAACGAUGAAGAAAUGGAGUGGGCAAAGAAAGGUUACGUGGGGGUGGUACGUAAUGCAAAUGUUAUAGAGUCCUUACAACAGAACAUGAUAGAAGAAGGAAUUGUCACUGUAAAAGUUAUACCUUUAGGGGGAGAAAAGGUGUUUUUAAAGAUAGACGAAGAAGAGAACUUCAGAGAACUUUUGGAGGAUUCAAAACAGUGUUUCAACAAAUGGUUCAGCUUAGUCAGACCUUGGGAACCAAGAGAUGUAGGGGCUGUGAGAUUCCUAUGGUGUCGAAUAUACGGAGUUCCGGUGCAUGCUUGGAGGAAAAAAGUGUUUUCAAUUUUAACUUUCACUCUAGGAAGUCUUGUAAAGCUUGACAAGAUUAACAAAGAGAGCUUCGACGUUAGCAUAAUUGAAGAGGCAUGCGACUGUAUAAGCUAUGAAGGUUGCGGGAGUGAAGGAGGAGAUGAUGGAAAUCUGAAUAGAAGGACCUGA